AUGACUGCGAAACCUGCAAAAGUCCGUGACUAUGAACAGUCUGACAGUUCGAGAAGUAAGACCGCACAGUCGUCGGACAGCUCGAAGACGUCUAAAGGAGGUGGUGAUACGCCGUCUACAGCCCCAGCUCCAGCUCGGAAGAAAAAAAAGAAGAAAGCUCAAGAAAAUGAGAACGCGAGCAAUUCAACCUCCAAAGGUGGAGAGACCAAGACGUCAAAGAAGCGGAAAUCACCGACAAAAAGCGACGUAGAAGCUCAAUCGACUGUUCAAAGCAAGGUAUCCCAACGAAAAGUGCAGCCUAAGCACAAGAACUUCAGCAAUCUUCUAGACAGUAAAAGCUCGACCAUUGCUGUCGGUAAUACACCCGAAGCUGCCACUCCUGAAGUUGAUGAACCGGGGGGAUUAGCUGGUGGGAACUUCGGCUUGUUGCUUGAGACAAAACAAGCUGAAAAGCUUUGUCUUUCGUUGGGGCUUCAAAAGCGGAAUGUCGAGGCGAUGAGACGAUUCUUCGAUCAUGAAGAAGAACUUGGGACUGGGGAUAUCACGAUUGACGAGUUCUUCUCCAUGUUGCAUGAACAACCGCGACAGCUCACAAAAGGACUUUUUGAAGCAGUUGGGCUGGUUCGCAAUCUUCGAAGAAUACGCUUUGAUGAAUUUGUUAUCUGUAUUGCUACCGUCGCUACAUGGUCCAAGAGCGAACUGCUACACUAUGCGUUCAAGCAAUUCGAUAUAGACGAAUCUGGAGUCAUGGAUGGCCGAGAACUUCGCGCUUUCUGCGAGGGACUUAAGAACGAUAGCAGUUUCUACUUCGCGAAUAAUGUCAACAAAGCUCGUGAAAAAUUGGUCAUAAGAGACCGGAAUAACCGAUACCAGUAUUUUAAAGAGAAGCAAUCUCUAACUGAUGAAGAUAUUGAGGCCAAUACGGUGGUGGAUCUGGAAGAUUUAGCGAAAGGAUCAACAGAAUUCCAAGUGGCGUUUUACCCUUUGUUGCAGCUGCAGCAAAGUGUUCGCUCUUGUGCACCUGGAGAGCGUUUUUGGGCAAAAGUGGCGCAACGACGACAGGAGGUUGAAGUUAUUGUGCACUACAUGCGGAUGCACAAGGGAGAGCUACCGUCCUUCUCGAUUGUAAAGCGAAUCAUAGCAUACUUGUUGCCGUCUUCGCAAGCUAAUGCACAAUUGGCGGUGCACAAAUUGGCAAUUCUCAAGUAUGCUGAGGAGGAGCGAAUAUGGCAAGAGCAAGCACAUGCUCGAGCAGAAGCAGACAAGCUGGCGCAAACAGGAAGUCAAGAAUAA